UCUACGUAUGCUAUAGUAUUACCAAACAAAAUACGCAAUAAGUAGAUGUCCGCUAUGAACAAUGACGUUGCAUUGUGUUAAAGUGCGUUAAAUGUUACGUGUAUACUAAUAUACCUAUUUUACAUGUGAAAACUAGGUUGGUGUUUAUGUAACUGGACGUUAUCAGAUAUCAGAAAUCGAGGAUGCUUUAAAAACACAUUGGAAGGCGAUCGAGUCGAUCCGAUCGUUUUAUCACCUAACGAUGGAAAUUUCCUUGUAUUCAUUUUUUCAUGAUGUAAUACGAUCGUUCUCGUUUUAUCUUAUCCCCGACAGUCCAAUGCUUAUCCAGAAUAAGCAGAAAUUAAUCAAAGCUGUCGCCGAUAAACUUGAAGUACGGUUUUGUACCGUAAUGAGGCAUCACGCGAGCGUUAUAAAUAGGAAAAAAAUAUCUUACCGUCAUUACCGUUCUCCUACUCUUUCCGUUUAAGCCGCGAACGUGCUCUACUGUUCUGUAGUGGUGAAGUGAUUCGUAGUAAUUGCACGACUGCGAACGAGGACAAUAGUUAAAGUACAAUGGGUCUGGAGGAUUAUAAAGAAGUUGUAGGAACAUGCGCCUCGAUUACAACCAUGGGGCAAAUGUUGGCCGGAACAUUAAUAUGCAAGGACAUUUAUCAAAAAGGUUCGUCAAAAGGUGUCGAUCCAAUGCCUUUCUUGGGUGGUGUAGGAAUGUGUAUUUUGAUGCUACAAUAUGCAUUUAUUCUGAAGGAUCCUACGAUGAUCAAUGUUAACGUUUUUGGAUUAUUGACAAAUGCAAUGUACAUGGCUGCAUAUUACUAUUUCACGCCAAACACGAAGGAUACGCUUGCUUUAAUAGGCAAGGUAACAGCUUUCGUAGUGGUCUUCCUUGCGUAUGCUCAAGUGGAAAAUUCCGAGAAGAUCGAAUUUCGUUUCGGUUUAAUUGUGACGGGGUUACUGCUUUCCUUAAUAGCGUCCCCACUUGUGCAUCUUGGAGAUGUCGUGAAGACGAAGAACACGGAUAUUCUUCCCUUUCCACUUAUUUUCAUGGGCACCCUAGUCUCUUUCCAAUGGUUAUUGUACGGCGUUAUAAUUAAUAAUGGUUUCGUUAUCUUUCAGAACGCUGUAGGGUUUUUCCUUUCUGCGGUGCAGCUGUCGUUGUUCGCAAUAUUUCCGUCAAAAUCGAAAGCGAACCCGGCCAGUCAGAAGAAGACGAAGUAACG